AUGGCUGUGGACCGACGCUCCCUAUCCAACCUGAUUGAGCUUGAGAGGUUCUGCAAAGAAGAACGGGAGAAACUGCCCAAAAACAGAGCAAGCCUCUUUAAUAAUGUUUCUUCUGGGGCGGAUCCUGAAGCUUUAAAAGUUCUGGUCAUCAUCACAGAUGGAACCCCUACUGAUUUUAACACUAAAGAUGUUAUAAAGAGGUGUGAAUAUCAACAGAUCACUCGCUUCGUUAUCGGGAGCUGCAGUCCCAGUCUCGCUCCAGACUGUGAAGGAAACUUGUUUCUGAUCAACACCUGCUACCACUUCAACAGUCAACUGGAGCUCAUUGCUAAGGACAAGGUCACUUUCCAAGAGUGCCCAAACACAGCGGUGAACGUGGUCUUCCUGAUCGACGCCUCCUCCAGCAUGAAAACUAGGGAUUUUAACAUGAACAAAGAGUUCAUCUCGUAUAUUAUGAGGCAACUUAAAAACUCAUGGAUUCAGUUUGCUGCUGUCCAGUUUUCUGCAGUUCCCCGGACCAUUUUCACCUUUAGUGAUUACAUGGAUGGAACAGCUCUGAAAAAGCUUUAUGAAGAGGAGCAUAUGAAGGAGCUCACCAACACCCACCAGGCUAUUGACUAUGUUCUACGAAAUCUCUUCAACAGUAUUUCUUCUGGGGCGGAUCCUAAAGCGACAAAAGCACUGGUCAUCAUCACAGAUGGAACUUCUACUGAUUUUAACACUAGAGCUGUUAUAAAGAGGUGUGACGAUCAACAGAUCACUCGCUUCGUUAUUGGGGUGGGAAAUGUAGACAUAAGAAAGCUCAGGAUAUUUGCCUCAGAGCCCAAAGAUAAAAACACUUUCCAGAUUGAAAACUACAGUGAACUGGAAGGACUUUCACCUACUCUGCAAACUGAGAUCUAUAACAUUGAAGGAGCUCAGUCUUCUCCUGCCUUCAGGAGGAAAUGGACUAAGGAAUUAUGUCACACUGGAUUCAGCACUGCCUAUGAUAAAGAUGUUCUGGUUUUGGGUGCAGCUGAAUCAAAUGGACAGAGUGGAAUGCUUUAUGAAGUUAUGAGAUCUGGACAUGGAACCAGAGAAAUCAAAGACCCAAAGCUGAAGAAUGAGUAUUAUAUGGGUUACUCUGUAGCAGUUGGACAGAAAAAUGGGAUCUCUCUUUUGUUCUCUGGAGCUCCAUGGCUCAAUCACAGUGGUCAGGUGACUCUCCUCAAUAAAUUUGAGAACACAUGGGAUGUCACCACCAGUGUCAGUGGAGAACAGGUCGGCUCAUACUUUGGUGCAUCUCUCUGUUUGUUGGACAUGGACUCGGAUGGUGACACUGACUUUCUUGUGGUUGGAGCUCCUCUGUACUACCAGGCUGAGCCGCGGAGAGAAGGCAGGAUGUACGUCUACAGGCUCACAAAAGAGAUGGUGUUAGUGAAGGCCCUGGAGGUGGCUGACUGUGUUCAGGGCCAGUUUGCAGCAACUGUAACAUCUGUAUCAGAUCUGAAUGGAGAUGAGCUGCAGGAUAUAGCUGUUGGAGCUCCACUGGAGGACGAUGGCAGAGGAGCCAUCUACAUCUACCUUGGGAACCGGACACAGGGUGUACGUCCCCAUUACAGCCAGCGAAUCCUGGCUCGGAUGAUUUCUGAGCAGCUGCAGCACUUUGGUGUGGCGAUCGAUGGUGUCAUGAACAUGGAUGGAGGUGGACUUACAGGCAUUGUCGUGGGAGCACGAGGGACAGUAAUGCUGUUUAAGGCUCGACCAGUUCUGUCUGUUUCUGCAAACCUCAGUUUCUCCCCCUCUGAAAUCAGUCUGGACAACUUUGACUGCCUGGUAAAAACUGAUCUCCCAGUACCUGUUGCUACUCUCAGUAUCUGCUUCAGUGUGAAAGAGGACACCCACAGUACAGGAGCAGUGAGUCGUGGUCUGAAUGUAUCAUUUGAGCUCAGUGUUGAGUCUGAAAAACCGUGGAGUAGCGCGUUUUUCCAGCCAACAAGCAAUCAAUCCAGGAAUCUCCUUAAUUCUGUGCUACUGGACUCGCAUCAUUCCUGCUACACCCAAGGGCUCUACAUGGAGAAGUGUGUGAAGGACACCUCGUCACCUGUGUUGAUCUGGCUGAACUUCUCCCAGGUUGAGCAGCAGCCAAGCAGCUCCAAUGCUGUUCUUAACAUUGACAGCAGAACAGAAACUUAUGUGGAGGUUCCCUUCCAAAGACAAUAGGAAUCUGAGCUGUGUGGUGGAUCUAGACCUUGUAAGGAACACCGCAUAGCUGGUUGUGGAUGCAGAGAUGUCUGACUGUAGUGACACGCCUGAUGAAUCCAGGCAUUUAUCUGAAUUCGAGGAGCUCUAAGCCUCAAAUAAAUUUGUUUUGGCUUCUAAUUUUGAGUUAUAGAAAUAAACCAUGCGAGAUAUGUGCAUGUUACAUGAGAAA